AUGGAGGAGAAAGAAGAAGGUGAGGAUGAGGCUGUGAGAUUGGCAAAGAUGAGGAACAGGUUUACAAGAAUGGUCGAGGAGGAGACUAAGGCGAUGUUGGAUGAUUCUCCUGAAAUGAUCACAGAAGAGAUUGACAUCUUGGCCAAGCUCAAAAAGAUGCUUGACUCUCAAGAGAAGGGCGAAGAUGAUGAAGUCCUCCAAACGAAAAUCAUCUCCCUUCUUGAGGUCUCAAAGAACUGGAAUGGUUGGCUUCCGGCAGUGGAUGCUGAAGUCACGUCACUGUUAGAAGAGAAGGAAGCCUUCGAGGAGGUAAGUGGAGAAAGGUUGGAGGAGCUCUUGAAGGAUGCAGAAAAAAGGGGCAUACCAGUGGAGUUUCUCCCAUCAAAGUUGGUCUGCACAAAGAAGCCAGGAAAAAGAGGUGGCCGCAACAAGAUUCGAUGGGUCAUCUGUGGAAACUUCGAGCAGGUCAAAGAGGGAGAGAACACGUUUAGCUCUGGUGCAGAUGCCUCUGCACUGCGCCUUCUGAUCGUUGCGGCAUCAAAAUUCCAAUGGGAGGCUGGGACCAUUGACAUCAAAACAGCCUUCCUGAAUGCCACCAUGUGCCCUGAAGACCAGCCAAGCUUGUUGCUGGUCAAACCUCCUAUGCUGCUUUUGGAAAAGAAGUACAUGAAGCCAGGAACAUACUACAUGCCCAAGCGCGCGGUCUAUGGACUUCGCCGAUCACCAAAGCUCUGGGGUGAUUGCAGAGAUGAUGAAUUGGAAGUCAUGAAACUGGAAGUGGAGGAGGAAGAAGGUCAGAUGACAUCACUCCGACUCUGCCCUCUGGCAUCAGAGCCAAACUUGUGGAGGAUUGAAGCUGAGGAGAGUGAAGCUGAGUCUGACACUCAGUCGAACUUUGCUCCGCUGCCAUUGAAAGGGCUCUUGAUGACAUAUGUCGAUGACAUCUUGGUCACUGGAAGUCGAAAGGUGGUAGAUGCCGUCAUGGAAAAGAUCAGAACUAUCUGGACCACCUCAGAACCAGAUCAAGUAGGAGAAAAGCCUAUACGAUUCCUAGGCGUCGAGAUCUCAAAGACCUUUGAUGUCACCAAGAAUCGCGACGUUUGGUAUGUCAACCAACAGUCCUACAUCAAGGACCUUCUUGCGCAAGAUCAAGAAGCUCCAGACAGAAAGAUCCCAAUCACAAAAGAUCAGAGUCAACUUCCAGAGGAAGAAGGAAGAACACCAGAGCUGAUUCGUUCAGCUCAGAAAGCCACCGGUGAGAUGCUCUGGCUGGUGACACGCACCCGCUUGGACCUCAUGUAUGCCGUUUCAAAGAUGGGCUCUUGCGUCACGAAGGCCCCUCAGAAGGUCCUCCAGAUCUACCAGCAGAUCAAGGGGUAUCUCAAAAGCACUAUGGAUGAAGGCAUCUGCUUUGAUGCUGCUGGAGCAGAGACCUUGAUGAUUGAGGCCAUGUCAGACGCCAGUUUUGCACCUGAAGGAGAUGUCAGCCACGGAGCCUUCAUCAUCAUGGUAGCUUCUUGCCCUGUUUUUUGGCGAAGUGGUCGUCAAAGUUUUGUGACGCUCAGCACAGCAGAAGCGGAGAUGAUGGAGAUUGUGGAGAGCAUGGUGGCUGGAGAAUCAAUUGGUGCCAUAGCUGAUGAGCUGUUUGGCCCUCUGCAGCGAAAAUCUUGGACAGAUUCUCAGUCUGCCCAAUCAAUUUUGACCACUGACGGAGGAUCAUGGCGCACACGUCAUUUGCGACUGAGAGCAUCAGCUGCCAGGAGUUCAAUCUUGCAGGGCACCUGGUUUCUUCAACAUGUCGCGGGAAAUCAAAUGAUCGCUGACAUUGGCACCAAGCCAUUAGCUUCAGAAAGAAUCAGGUACUUGAAGAAGGAGAUGAACCUGGUUCAAGUACCACAACCGAAAGAGCAUGAGAAGAAAGAAGAGAAGGUUUUUGAAGAAAAAGGAGAAGGCGUAGGCAUUCAGAAAGCAGCAGCAGCAUUGAAGCUGCUCACAUUGGCUGCUGCGAUCUCAGCUGCCAAAGGAGAAUAUGAAGAAACAGAAAAAGAAGAUCAGGAAAAUUCAACCCUCGAGCUCAAAGUCAUGAUGGUCGUUUUUGCGUUGAUCAUCGUGCUUCUCACGAUCGUGAGCCAGCAUUUGUGGAAGGUAGGAGUAAGGAGGCUGGAAAUGUCUUGGUCAAACCAAGCUGGAUCGUCUUCCCGAAGUCUCCCUGCAGGUGCUGCUGCUCAAAGAGAAGAAGAAGAAAAGGAAAAUGGUGGUGAAGGGAUGGCCGCUGUGGCAGGACAACUGUCACAGCGACCCACGUACCUCCCACCGGGUGGUGAAGGGAUGGCCGCUGUGGCAGAUCACACGCCGCAGCGACCCACGUACCUCCCACCAGGCGAAGGGUCUUCUUCGCCACUUGAAGAUUCAACCUCUUCAUCAGAGGACACUCCGUAUCGUCCAUUAGAUGAGCGCCACAUCCCUGGGUUCGACUUGGAUCGAGUCAUGCAGGAGAUAGCAGAUGAAGAAACCAACCUCUACGAGGAAGCACAGAGAAAUCCAGAAAGAUUCCAGAACUAUGAGAACAGCGAGGAAAGAGCUAGAGCAGCUUUCCAAGUUUUGACCACUCGGUAUGGCCGAGUUUAUCACUAUCAGAGCCAGUGCAGGUACCUGUCGUCUGUCCAGACAGGAGCCAAUCGAGAAUCUGCCUGGUGUCGCAUUUGCUGGGCCAUUACCGCUCAAACGCGUGGACCCCCACCACCAGGAGUUCCACUUUGGAUUGAUCACUGGGGUGGAGAUUAUCACGUGGAUUCAAGAUGCCCACGCUGCGAUCCAGAAAAGAUGUUUCCAGCAUGCCAAGGAUGUGGUGAGAGCGCAGGCGCUGCUGCUAGCAGAAUGCCACUUUACAAGUACAUCGCGAGGAUCUCCGGCAAACCAUACGACAGCUUCGUGAUGCCCGUGCCAUCCUUCAACGUCCGGUGGCACAAGUUGACAAGGGAUCGCCCAAUGGAGUUUAUGAUUCUGCCCGUGGGCGCCUCCAGCUUCCGUGAAGCCAUGUGCAUCGGUGCCGAGGUCUACCACAACCUGAAGAGCGUCAUCAAGAAGAAGUAUGGCCAGGAUGCCUGCAACGUGGGCGACGAGGGUGGAUUUGCACCAAGCGUCCAAGACAACAACGAGGCCUUGGAUGUGUUGAUGGAGGCCAUUGAGAAGUCCGGCCACGCUGGCAAGGUCAAGAUUGGCACCGACGUGGCAGCCUCCGAGUUCUACAGCUCUGAGACCAAGAAGUACGACUUGGACUUCAAGAAUCCUAGCAGCCCAGACAGCAUGAAGAAGACUGCAGAGGAGAUGAUUGCCUACUACAAGGAUUGGAUCGGCAAGUAUCCCUUCGUCUCCAUUGAGGAUCCGUUUGAUCAGGAUGAUUGGGAUGCUUACUCCAAGUUUCAGGCCGAGGUCGGUGACUCCAUUCAGAUCGUUGGAGACGAUUUGCUGGUUACCAACCCGAAACGUGUCCAGAAGGCCUUGGAUUGCAAGGCAUGCAAUGCCCUACUGCUGAAGGUGAACCAGAUCGGUUCCGUGACCGAGGCCAUUGAGGCGGCGUCCAUGUCGCAGUUCGCUGGUUGGGGCGUCAUGGUCUCCCACCGUUCCGGUGAGACUGAGGAUUCCUUCAUCGCAGAUUUGGUGGUAGGUCUUCGCACUGGACAGAUCAAGACUGGUGCCCCCUGUCGUUCCGAGAGGUUGUCGAAGUACAACCAGCUCCUUCGUAUCGAGGAGGAAUUGGGCGACAAGUGCACCUACGCGGGCACCGGUUUCCGCAACAUCGGCUCUCCAGCCUUCGGCAUGAAGCGCAAGCCAUUUGUGGGUGGCAAUUGGAAGUGCAACGGCAAAUUGAGCGGCGUCAAGGAGUUGCUGGGCGCCUUCAAGGGCGUGGGCGCAGACCCCAAAUCCGUGGAUGUGGCGAUCUUCGCACCUACCAUUCAUAUCCCUGCUGCACAGGAGUGCCUGGCCGGCGACUCUGCAAUCCACUUGGGGGUGCAAAACAUGAGCAAGACAGGCGAAGGUGCCUUCACCGGUGAAGUCUCUGCGGGACAAGUGGCAGACGCAGGGAUCAAGUACGUACUGGUGGGACACUCAGAGCGUCGAUCCCUGUACGGUGAAACCGACGAGGAUUGUGCCGCCAAGACGAAGGCAGCCUUGGACAAGGGUCUCACCGUCGUCUUCUGCAUUGGAGAGCAAUUGGCUGAACGCCAAAGUGGCAAGACCACCGAAGUGUGCGAAAAGCAGAUGAAGGCGGUGAUUCCAGUUAUCACAGACUGGGACAAGAUCGUGAUUGCUUAUGAGCCAGUCUGGGCCAUUGGUACUGGGGUGGUGGCCACACCACUGCAAGCGCAGGACACGCAAUACCAGGUUCGCCGCGUCAUCCGUGACGAGUGCGGAGCAGACAUUGCCGAAAAAGUGCGAAUUAUUUAUGGUGGCUCUGCCAACGAGAAGAACUGCAAGGCCUUGGGCGAGCUGCCGGAUGUGGACGGCUUCCUGGUAGGCGGUGCCUCCUUGAAGCCGACCUUUACGGAGAUCAUCAGCACGGCGCAGGCAGCUUACAAGUAG